AUGGUGGGGGAUCAUCCUAAUACAUGGGAGGAGUACCUCCAGGCCACAAUGUUCGCAUUGAGAACAAAAAUGCAGCUGUGGCCUGGCCUGCAGACCCUAGGGGUCAAGCAGGGUGUAGCCUUAGCCAAUAACAGCAAGAGUCAGCAGAAGAGGCAGCAAAAGAGGGAACUCACUGGCCAGGAUGACCAGUUCCGUGUGGGGGACUUUGUGCUGGUCAAAAACAUACGCCAAGAGCAGAGGAAAGGCGGCAAACUGGAGAGGGACAUGCUGGGGCCUUUCCGCAUCUUCAGCUUGGAUGGGAAGACUGCCAGCCUGAAGGCCCCCGAUGGCACUGUACGAAAGUGCAUGAGCAUCGACCAUAUGACUCCAUAUAUAGUUCCUUGCUCUAGGAUUCCAGCGAAUCUCAAGGGGGAUGUAGGAGAGAUGGAAGUGGUCCCCCCACCUUCUCUGAACGUGGCCGACCUACCUCCACUGGACCUGAGCUGUCCCCAGAAGCUGGACCUGGGUACUCCACCUCCACUGCGCCUGGGUACUCCACCACGAAUAGACCUGGGCACUCCACCUCCGCUGGACCUCAGCGCUCCCCAAAAGUCCAACCCGUACUCCAGGGGGUUUGAGCAGUACCAUACUGCCCACACGGUGGCGCACCACAGAAAGUCCAAACUGAUCCUGAAGAUGCUGAUGCCUGAUGAAGAAGAGCAAGAGGACCCCGGAGAAGGAGAGGGGCUGUUAGCUGCAUACCAUAAGAAAACAGAUGUAGGAACCACACCAGCAGUACAGCCAAGUCACUACACUGACAGUUCAGAGGGACAGAAAACCGUUUUGUUCUGGAAACUGAACAUGAAAACUCUUGCUUCACUCGCCCAAAUGGCCAUCAGAGUCUUGGCAGUGCCGCAUCUAGUGCUCCACUGUUUUCAGCCAUGGCGGCAUCAUUCUGUGUCCCCAUCGUGCACAAAUGACUGA